GUCAUAUGGCUGUGGAUUGGGUCCUGGUGUACAGGAUAACUGUAUAUAAGGCCUGGGUUCUCCUACUCUAACUUCACUCACUGAGUCCAAGAAGAACCAGAAGCAACCAUGAUGAAGUGGGGUGUCGUCCUGUGUGCCCUAGUGGUCCUCUCCGAGUGUAAUACCAAGUAAGUCCCAGUCCUGUUCUACUCUUCUUUUUUAUUUUAUUUUCUGUCUGAAUAUUCUGUUUAUUGUUGUCAGCACCAUUUCACCAGGUCAAAUUCCUGGUACAUGUAAUAAAGGUGAUUGUGAUUGUGUGUUUUUAGGAUCUCUCUGAUCAAGGGGAAGACUGCCAGAGAGACCCUGAUGGAGAAGGGUAUAUGGGAGGAGACCAGGCUGAAGUUCCCCUACAACCCUAUGGCCAAGUUCUACCAGACCGGUGAUGAGGCUAUGACCAACGACGCUGAUGUAAGGCAGAGACAGAAGUUGAAAAAAUAGCUUAAAUAAAAAUUUUCCCCAUAAUGACAAAGCAAAAACUUUUUUAUUUUAUUUUGCAAAUGUAUAUAUAUAUUUUUUUCUAAUCCUUUAUAUAGAUAAGUAUUCAGACCCUUUGCUAAGAGACUUGAAAUUGAGCUCAGGUGCAUCCUGUUUCCAUUUAUCAUCCUUGAGAUAUUUCUACAACAUGAUUGGAGUCCACCUGUGGUAAAUUAAAUUGAUUGGAAAGGUACACACCUGUCCAUAUAAGGUCCCACAGUUGACAGUGCAUGUCAGAGGAAAAACCAAGCCAUGAGUUCAAAGGAAUUAUCCGUAGAGCUCCGAGACAGGAUUGUGUCGAAGCACAGAUCUGGGGAACGGUACCAAAACAUUUCUGUAGCAUUGAAGGUCCCCAAGAACACAGUGGCCUCCAUCAUUCUUAAAUUGAAGAAGUUUGGAAACACCAACACUUUUCCUAGAGCUGGCCGCCAGGCCAAACUGAGCAAUUGGGGAGAAGGGCCUUGGUCAGGGAGGUGACCAAAAACCCGAUGGUCACUCUGACAGAGCCAAUCAGGCCUUUAGGGUAGAGUGGCCAUACGGAAGACACUCCUCAGUAAAAGGAACAUGACAGCCUGCUUGGAGUUUGCCAAAAGGCAUCUAAAGACUAUCAGACCAUGAGAAACAAGAUUCUCUGGUCUGAUGAAACCAAGACUGGACUCUUUGGCCUGAAUGCCAAACGUCACGUCUGGAGGAAACCUGGCACCAUCCAAAUGCACUGUAUACAACACAAACAGACCUGGGACCAGGCUAGUCUAUAGACUAUAUGAUUAUUGUUUCAAAAAUGUCAUUACAUGUUGGAUAUUGUGACUGCAUAGUUUGAACCCAUUGACUCUACAGUUUGUGUUCAUGUCUUGCUUAAAUUAAAUGCACACUGGCAUGAUCAAAUUAAUUAUGAGCUUAGAGUUGAGCAUAUAGCCAUGCUUCUUCAAAUGUAACUAGCUAUAUAGUUAGACAAAUGCCUGUUUCUUCAUAGUACUCUGAAAUGUUCACUUGUGUAACCCUGACUUACAGUACAUCUCUGUUUCAACGUCUCUCUGCAGUUGUCCUACUAUGGUGUGAUCUCCAUUGGAACCCCUCCCCAGUCCUUCAACGUCAUCUUUGACACUGGCUCCUCCAACCUGUGGGUUCCCUCUGUCUACUGCUCCAGCCCAGCCUGCCGUGAGUAUAUUGUAGGGGUCUGGAGAAUACUGUUGACGUUGGAGAAUAGCUAUAUUUCAAAUUGUUUCUGAGUAGUCUCUUGUGACAGAGUUGCAAAAAACUGUUUCAUAUUGAGUACCUAGCCAGAGAAUGGGAGACUUGGUUGUGGGUUGAGGUUAGGGGCUGAGGGGAGCACCUUGAGAUUUACAGCAUAAAGGGGUUCGCUCAACACAAUGAAACAAUAGAAUAGGAGGAAUGUAUUUUUGUAUUGUCCCAUUUAGAGCGUGGAUUGUGGAAAAUAGCUCAAUACCAACGAAGAAAUGAAUGUUCAGUUUUGCAAUGGCAUGGUGUGUACUUAAUGAAGAUGUUCAUGUUUUGAAUAGAGAACCAUGCCGAAUUCAACCCUGCACAGUCUAGCACCUUCUCAUGGGCCAACAAGCCUGUUUCCAUUCAGUACGGAACUGGCAGCAUGACUGGACAGCUGGCAUACGACACUGUUUCAGUAUGUAAAUGUAGCUAGCUACACAUUAUUGUGAUACAUUUUUUAUUGACACUUUCAAAUACAACAUACUGUACAUUACAUACAAUACAACCCCCAAAUAAUAUUCCACUCAGCACCCGUCCUCCCCUAACGGUCCCAUUUUAUAACAUCACAGGCUAUAAACAAUACCCAAGCAUAUUAGUUACUGACUCCAGUAGAUUCAGCAAAGAAAUAUAAUUACUAUUUUGGGUACACUCAAUAUGGCCUCCGGUCCACACAUCACCAAACAACUGACUUGAAUGGGAAAAUCCAUUCUAGAAAUUCUAUUUCUAUGGUGCCCAGUGACUGAUGCCUGCUGUUCUGUGUUUCCAGGUGGGAGGUAUCUCUGUGACUCAGCAGAUCUUUGGUGCCAGUCAGACCGAGGCUCCCUUCAUGGCCAACAUGGUUGCCGACGGUAUCCUGGGCCUGGCUUUCCCCAACCUGGCAGCCUCUGGGGCCACACCCGUCUUUGACAACAUGAUGACCCAGGGCCUGGUGUCCCAGAACCUCUUCUCUGUCUACCUGAGCGGGUAACAUAGUAACUGUACAAAUACACCUGGAUGGGAGGUGGCAUUUUCUCUUAGUUGUGAUAUUCAUAAAUAAGAAUGUACCAGUGAUUUUAUAUUAAAUACAAUUAUACAACUGCUUUAAUUGUUUUUGAAGGAGAGGUGACAUCCAUUUCAAAAUGUGUUGAUGAUUAAACAACCUUGUUGACCUUUUCUCCUCCUCUAAUAGAAACUCAGCAGAGGGUAGUGUGGUGUCAUUCGGUGACAUCGAGUCUAACUACUACACCGGACAGAUCACCUGGAUCCCCCUGUCCUCCGAGACCUACUGGCAGAUAAACAUGGACAGGUAGGUACACUAGUCCACACAGAGCCCAUAUCCUGGUCCGUAUCCAUACCAAUAUUCAUGUAUCAUCCCUUCAUGCCAUUACCCAGAACACAUUGGAACAGUACAUAAAAUGAACAUGCCUACUUCCAGUCUGAAGCCUAUGACACAAUCUUGCUGUGCACUUAGCAAGUUCAUGUUUAUUUGCUAACAACAAAAACCCAACAGCAAGAAAUUUACAUCAAACCAAAUAUAGGAAGAACAUGUAACCUCAGCUAAUAUUUGCCCUUCCAGUGUUACCAUCAACGGCAACACAGUGGCUUGCAAUGGUGGCUGUCAGGCUAUCAUAGAUACUGGUACCUCCCAGAUCGUCGGGCCAACCAGUGACAUCAACAACAUGAACAGCUGGGUCGGAGCCACCACUGACCAGUAUGGAGAUGUGAGUCACACACACACUGACUGGUACAGACAUGUCCAACUAUAAGGCUUUUCACACUACUGAGCAGAACCAAGCCCAGCCAAACCAAGCUGCACUAAGCUGCCUGGUCUUGUUAGUUGUUGGAACGAACGUGUUAAAAAGAACCAGUGGGAAGAGCAAAUAUCUGAACCAGUUGUGGUUGGGGCGGCAUGGUUGUGUGAAAAGGGUAUACAUCUGUUCUCAUUGUUGUUUUUUCCCUCAAUCACUGCCUCCCCUUUGAUCAAUGUAUGCACUCACUAACUGUAAGUCGCUCUGGAUAAGAGCGUCUGCUAAAUGACUAAAAUGUCAAAUGUAAUCAACCACAGAAUAAACUAGAACAUUUUUAUUCCUCUCCUAGGCCACCGUGAACUGCAACAACAUUCCCAGCAUGCCCGAGGUGACCUUCACCCUCAACGGAAACGCCUUCACCAUCUCUGCCUCCGCCUACACCUCCCAGGUAGUCUACUGAAAUACAUGUUGUUACAUAUAACCUAUGACCUCCCAGGUAGUCUACUGAAAUACAUGUUGUUACAUACAACCUAUGACCUCCCAGGUAGUCUACUGAAAUACAUGUUGUUACAUAUAACCUAUGACCUCCCAGGUAGUCUACUGAAAUACAUGUUGUUACAUAUAACCUAUGACCUCCCAGGUAGUCUACUGAAAUACAUGUUGAUACAUACAACCUAUCUGACCUAUCUGAUCUGUAAUGCUGAUGUGUUUCAGAGCAAGCUCCUUCAUCAGAGCACCUGUACAUCUGAGACUUGACCUUUCUUUUAGAUCCUAGGAGCAAAGGGCCUCAUAUGCCUGAUUUUCCUCCUCUUCCUCUCUCUAUCUCUGUAGAACUCCAACGGCUGCAUGACUGGUUUUGGAAAUGGUGGAACUGAUCAGCUCUGGAUCCUUGGAGAUGUCUUCAUCAGGCAAUACUAUGCCAUCUUUGACAGGCAGAACAACAGUGUCGGUCUGGCCCAGGCUGCGUAAGAUAUCCACUGAGAGAUCCACUAGAUCUACAGAGAUCCACUGAUCCCAAAGAUCCUUAAGGGCUAGAUGUAAUCUGUACUGCGUAAGAACUGUGUUAUAGUGGGAUUGAAAUUGAAAAGACAUAUGCAGCAUUUACCGUGAAUGCAGUCUCUGCUAAUGUGAGAACAUUGCCUUUAAAUUUAAAUUGUGCUAAAGCGCAGAUCUUCCAAAGUCUGGAUUGAAUCUAGGCCUAAGUCUUCCAGUUAUGUUAUAAAUGUGAUUAUAGCACUAAAAUUGUCUUGGUUGGGGAAAUGUUGUAGAUUGUGA